CUCAAACAAUACAAAGAGGAACUGCAUGCAUGAACGAUCAUGUUCCCGCCAUGAGCAGUUGGUGUUCUGAAGUAUGCUAGUACAACAACAUAAUUAACCUUUCAAGUCCCUACGGUGACCAUGUGUCUGUCUAGGCGCGGGUUGUAUAUCUCUAGGAAGGGUUCAUAGAACAUUUAUAAGGUAAAAACUCACGACAAUUAUAAAUUAUAGAACACAAAAUCAAACACACCAUGGCGGAAAGUCCGGAAAGGAUGUUGGUGAGGAUUCAGUUAGCAGAACAAGGGGAGAGGUUUGAUGAGAUGAAGGAAUAUGUGAAAUGCUUAGUGAAAGACUACCCAGAUUAUCUAGAAAAACAUGGUGCGCUGGACCUGCUGUCGGUGGCCUUUAAGAACGCCGUGGGGGAGAGAAGGUCAGCGUGGCGGGUGAUGAACGACAUCGUAGACCAGUGCACACAGGAGGAAGUGGACAAACAGGGCCAGGAGGAAGCUGAAGCCAAGAAGGACAAAGCAAAGACAGGAACUGAGGUCAAGAGGGAACUCGCCAAGGAAUACAUGGAUGUAUUAGAGAAGGAAAUUACAAACAUCUGUGAAGACCUUCUGACUCUGUUGGAGAAGCACCUUCUCGAAGCAGCUACCGCCCCCGAUACCAGAGUCCUACUUUUCAAAUUAAAGGGAGACUACCCUCGGUAUAUGGCUGAAAUAUCGACUGGAGAGAAGAGGACAGUGUCUGUGACUGCCGCCACCACUGCGUACCAGCAGGCUAUGGAGCUCGCCAUGAAGGAACUGCUGCCCACCAAUCCCAACAGACUUGGUCUCGUUCUCAACAUAUCCCUAUUCUACUACACUAUCCUGGACAGUAGGGAGAAGGCCUGCAACAUCGGGAACAAGGGUGUGGAACUGGCGGAGGAGAACAUUGAGGCGGCAGAGAAGGAGACAUGGGAGGAGAGCUUGCGUAUCAUACAAGUUAUCAAGAACAAUGUUAAGAACUGGACGUCUGAAUAAAUAAGACAACUGCCCAUUCUUCGGGAGAAAUGAAAGCGAUGUCCAGCAAAAAACAUACGACGUGCCUUUAAGUGCUACAGGCCUGAGUGUUUUCUGACAAAACUCCGCACAGAAUCCGCAAUUACUUCACAAAUUGAGUUAAACAUGUACUCAAACUGAGUUAUUUUACAUUACAAUUUCUUUAUAUUUUUUCAGAUUAUUUUUGUAUAACGUGUAUCAUGUUGUGUACCUGAUCACCUGUUUAUUGACUAUUUAAUAACCAUGGACUCUGUUUUGUUUACAAAUGUAAACUUAUAUCAUUAAAAAUUGCCAUUAUC